AUGGUUGUUGACAUUAGAAGCGGGAUGAGUUUGUUUGUUGCUGGGUUGUCUCGUCGGUCUAGCAAGGAAAGCAAGGCAUCUAUGCUGAUAGUAGAUAUGGACAUUGCAAAGCUGAUGAUCCAUGUACAAUGGGUUGAGGAAGAGAAGCUGAAAGAUAUGGAAGAGCAGGGUAAUUUUAAUGGAGGCAAUAGAGCCCAGUCUUCUUCAGUUGUUCCACCAAACAGAGCUGCAUCUACAAGAGCUACAGGGGCAGGCGGAGGAGGAAACCAUCUUUAUGCUAUUAGUAGUUGCCAAGAGCAAGAGGAUUCGAUGGCACCAACAGAGUUGAAAGGGUUAAAAGAUCAGUUGAAAGAUCUCCUAGAGAAAGGUUUCAUUCGACCAUGUGUCUCAUUUUGGGGCGAUCCGAUCUUAUUUGAGAGAAAGAAAGAUGGUUCUCUUAGAAUGUGUAUAGAUUACUGUCAGUUGAGCAAGGUUACUAUCAAAAAUAAGUAUCCUGUUCUGAGAAUUGAUGAUCUCUUCGAUCAGCCAUAG